AUGCUCCAAGGAGUGCACGGACCGCAUGCGCGGUGGCUUUUCUCGGAACAUCAUGAGGCACCACUGUGGUGCCUUGGUAACGAGAAAGUGGUGAAAUGGACUGGGGCAGGACGGGAUCUCUUGGUGAAGAAGCCUAUUCUUCUCUCGCAAGUCACUGGCCGCGCCGAAGCAGGUGCAGACUUGACGAGCUUUAGCAGUGAUGUGACCGAGUCGGCCGUGGCCUGUGAGGCUGCUUCCACACCCUUCUUGCACAGGGCGUUAGCAAACAAGAUGUUCUCUCAAUGUGGUGACGCCUGUGUGUAUGACUUCGAGCAGCCGGAGAAGAUCGAGUUCGUCUAUAACGAGGAGAAGAAAUGCUAUGCUGAGAAGCGAAAUGGCGGAUGCUCUGCGCAAGAUCCAGUAGCUGUCGAGAAUGUCAAGCAGCACAAGAGCCAACUCUGCGAGGCGGAGCUUUGCCAUCCCUUUAUUCCCGACCUCACGGAGAAUAUCAUGCUCCGCUACUGUGGCGAGGCGGGGGCCAAUGGACAGGAUCAUUCUCCUGACGCCAAAGGCUGCGAGGAAACUUACACCGCGAAGGUGCAAACAGCACUGGCCAACCACAUGUUCAAACACUGUGGUGCUUGGUGCCUCUUUGACUACGAUGAGCCAGACAAGGUCUCCUACGCAUGGGACGACAAGCAGCAGUGCUGGAAGCAAGGAGGUUGUGUUGGCCAUCCAGAGCAGCAGUAUGCGGUGGAACGCCGCAACAAAGCCUGUGAGUACACCACCACAACCACCACAAUGACUACAACCAGUACAUCAACGACGACCGCAAGCACAAUCACCUCCACCAGCACCACCACCACCAGCACCAGUACAGUGACUUCCACCAGCACAACCACCACCUCCACGGUGACUAGCACCAGUACCACGACCACCAGUACCAUCACUUCCACCAGUACUACGACCACCUCAACGACCACCAGCACCACCACGACGAGCACCAGCACGGUGACUUCUACUAGCACCACCACCACCUCCACGUCGACGGUCACCACCACGACCACCACAGAGACAACGACCAGCACGACGAGCACCUCCACCUCCACAACCACUACCUCGACUUCCACGGAGACCAUCACGACGACCUCCACCAGCACCAGCACGACCAGCACAUCCACGGUCACAAGCACCAGCACCACCACGACCAAGACCUCCACCACGACCUCCACAAGCACCACCUCCACGUCCACCACGAGCACUUCCACACAGACAUCUACCACAACCACGGUGACUGAAACGACCACCAGCACCAUCACCAGCACCAGCACGGUGACGGUGCGCCGCUGUGUGCGCGCCGCAAGAGGACGUGCCAGUCCUGACGGUUCGUUUGCUUGUCCGGUUUUUUGUGGGACACCAGAUUGA